GUACCCCGUACUGCCGGGAUCGCAAGAGACCGGAAUAGGCCAGAAGCCGAGAACAGCUUUUAACGCACCAAACACCACCCCCACUUUCCAAACUCUCGCGACAGUUGUGCGUCAUCCGGGAGCGCCGGUGGCCGGGACCGUCGCGGGGCCUGCGACGCGCGGAGCUCUGCUCGGAGGUGCUGUCUCACCCGUGAGGCGGAGAAGCCGGCCAGCCCCGCGCUCGAUUGAACCUGCAGUCCCCGGCCUCCUGCUACCAUGGAGUACCUCAUCGGCAUCCAGGGUCCCGACUAUGUCCUUGUCGCCUCCGACCGGGUGGCUGCUAGCAAUAUUGUCCAGAUGAAGGAUGAUCAUGACAAGAUGUUUAAGAUGAGUGAAAAAAUCUUACUCCUGUGUGUUGGAGAGGCUGGAGACACUGUACAGUUUGCAGAAUAUAUUCAGAAAAAUGUGCAGCUCUAUAAGAUGCGAAAUGGUUAUGAACUGUCUCCCACGGCAGCAGCUAAUUUCACUCGCCGAAACCUGGCUGACUAUCUUCGGAGUCGGACCCCGUAUCAUGUCAACCUCCUCCUGGCCGGCUAUGAUGAGCACGAGGGUCCAGCGCUCUACUACAUGGACUACCUGGCAGCCUUGGCAAAAGCCCCUUUCGCAGCCCACGGCUAUGGUGCCUUCCUGACUCUCAGUAUCCUGGACCGAUAUUACACGCCAACUAUCUCGCGUGAGAAGGCAGUGGAGCUUCUUAGGAAAUGUCUGGAGGAGCUCCAGAAACGCUUCAUCCUGAAUCUGCCAACCUUCAGUGUUCGAAUCAUUGACAGAAAUGGCAUCCACGACCUGGACAACAUUUCCUUCCCUAAACAGGGCUCCUAACGUCAUGCCCUCCCUCCCACUUGCCGGGGAACUUUUUUUGAUGAGCUCCUCUAUUUUUUUCUACUCUUUUGAUGUCUGCUCUCCACAGAUGGUUAAUUCAGAAUAAAGCUGACUGUGGAUCGAUUGA